ACCAGUCGGCUUGCAUUCGCAGCGUUGUAAUAGCAGCACUCCAAAGACUGGACCACUCCCAGAGACGAGGAUCAGAUUCCAUUUCUCAUACAGCAAAGCAACAAACCCAUUGGGAAAAGGGAGAUUGAAUUGAACUUCAGACAAUUAUAGUCAACAAACAUUGCUACUUGGAUUCUUUCUAAACCUUUGUGCCUGAUAAGAGUUCUGCAUUGCUGCUUCACUCCUGUGUCAAUUGUAAAGAUGGAGAAACGCUGGAUGCCUUCUCUUUUGUUACUUAGUUCUGUUGCUAAGCUAUUUGUUUUCGCCCACCCUGAUGCUAACGAAACUCAACAUUCCCCUCAGCAUGUCUACAGUGAGCUUGGAGUCACCAGAAAUAAAAUAGUGACAGCACAGUUUGAGUGUUACCAGAAAAUUAUGAAAGACACAGAUUAUAACAAAAAAGGUCCUUUGUGUAACAGAACGUGGGAUGGAUGGCUUUGCUGGGAUGACACUCCAGCAGGAAUGACAUCAGUACAACGUUGUCCUGACUAUUUCCAAGACUUUGACCCUUCAGAAAAAGUAACAAAGAUCUGUGAUGAAAACGGAAACUGGUUUUCACAUCCCGAGAGCAAUAGGACAUGGACAAACUACACAAGAUGCACUGCCAACACCCCCCAGAAAGUGAAGACGGCGCUGAAUCAAUAUUACCUGACAAUAAUUGGACAUGGAUUAUCUAUAGCAUCUUUGCUUAUUUCUCUGGGGAUAUUCUUUUAUUUUAAGAGUUUAAGUUGCCAAAGGAUAACUCUGCAUAAAAAUCUGUUCUUCUCAUUUGUUUCGAAUUCCAUCAUCACCAUCAUUUGGUUGACAGCAGUGGCAAACAACCAGCCCUUGGUUGCAAGAAAUCCAGUCAGCUGUAAAAUAUCUCUGUUUAUUCACCUCUACUUGAUGGGCUGCAACUAUUUUUGGAUGCUGUGUGAAGGGAUAUAUCUCCAUACACUCAUUGUAGUGGCAGUGUUUGCAGAGAAACAGCACUUGAUGUGGUAUUAUCUCCUUGGAUGGGGAUUUCCACUGAUACCUGCCUCUAUCCAUGCAAUAGCUCGCAGUUUAUAUUAUAACGAUAAUUGCUGGAUCAGUUCUGAAACACAUCUGCUGUACAUCAUCCAUGGGCCCAUCUGUGCUGCUCUACUGGUGAAUCUGUUUUUCCUGCUCAACAUUGUUCGUGUUCUUAUCACCAAGUUAAAAGUGACACAUCAGGCUGAAUCCAGUCUCUAUAUGAAGGCUGUUAGAGCCACUCUUAUUCUCGUGCCACUGCUCGGGAUUCAGUUUGUUCUGUUUCCAUGGAAACCACAGGGUCGCGUUGCAGAAGAGUUAUAUGAUUAUGUGAUGAAUAUCCUUAUGCAUUAUCAGGGACUGCUAGUGGCUACAAUUUUCUGCUUUUUUAAUGGCGAGGUGCAAGCUGUCCUGAGGCGACACUGGAAUCAGUACCGCAUCCAGUUUGGAAACAGCUUCUCCCACACAGACACCCUGCGGUCUGCCUCCUACACAGUGUCCUCGAUCACUGACGCCCAGGGCAGCAUGUACAGCAGUGACUGCCAUUCAGAGCACCUGAACGGAAAAGGAUCCCAUGACAUAGAUGCCAUCACUUUAAAAUCAGAAAAUACUUAUGCCUGAGCCGGGAGGCAGUCAUUGACCAUCGCAGUUACAGUUGUUGGAGACCGGAGUUCAGAGUCGUUGGUCCCCUAGAUGACCCAAGGAACAGCCUGGGACUCCUCCCUUUAUACCUGAGCUCAAAUGCUUUUAUCUUUUUAUAUUUAUAACUCAAUAUGUCCCAUUACUUUCUACCGUGUAGAUAGGAUUGGCCCUUAAUAUUUUAAAGGGACUGUUGGACAGGUCCCUGAUGAACUGGCACAUUGAUUUAUAUAUAGAAUUCAUAGUGUUGGAUUAUGCAUCACUGAUUUUCUCUGCAAGGACGUGUAAAUAUUGUUCUGUCUUAAUGCAAAAUGUGCCCCUCAUCUUAUAACGCACUGAGGUGGGAGCAGUAUUGUGCAGACAGUCAUUCCUAAUUUAAAUAGCCUGUUGAUAUUUAGGAGCAUUCAUUUUGUGCCAAAAACUUGAGUAAGCCUAUGUGAAGUGCUUUGUGCCAAAAUAUUAAGUUGGUUGUCAUGAGUUUUGACCUUGAAAUGACAAAAAGAAGAGUUAUAUGUAAUGAACUCCACAGUGGCAUGGUGAAAAAAAUGACAAGGAAUGACUGCAGAACCAUUCCAUGAAACUACCUGUAGCGAGAUUGGAUCUGUGCUUAGCACUUAAAUAGCCAAGAAUGUCAUCCGUACCAGUAUUAUUUUUAUUAUUAAUAUUUGAUGAGUAUUUUUUUUUUCAAACGCAUGCCAUGGCAACGGUCCAUUGUCAUGGUAUAUCUUAAAAUUCUCUUAAGACAAGAUUUUAUUGACAGCAAGGGCUUUCCAAGAAUAGAUAAUGUUCUUCUCAUUUGUAAUAAUAAACUUUAUAUACAUUUUUCAAAAUACUUGUAUUAUUGUAUAUCGAGAUUAUGUAUAAAACUAAAAACAACAACAAAAAAAAAACUAUUGUAAAAUUCUUAGUUUGAUUCAGUAUAUUAGAUACGUGGUGAAGGUCACUCAGAUAUGCUUAUUCAUAUAUUCAAUUGUCAGUAUUCAAAAUGGGAAGGUUAUGCAACCUAUUAGGCUAAUUUAUAAACUACCUACUGAGAAAAGAUCUAGUAAUUUAGUGCUGAUAACUUAUCUGACAUCAGAUUAUGUGACAUUCGAAAAUGCGUUGCCUUACAUGCACGAUAACAGAUAAACUCUUGGUUGCGAAAUAAAAGACAAAUUUGUAUUGUAACCAUAUCAAAGCAAACUAAAACUAGCAAGGCACUACUAAAAACACACAUUUACUGAUCCAACCUGCAACUGUUGUUGUUUCUUGUUGGUAUUAUACAGUUACAUUUGUUUUACUAAUUUUAGAAAAUUUGCCUUUGCCCCUCAAAAUAGGGUUGGAUUGUCUUUCUACUAAUCCUUCCAGUUUAAAUGUAUUAUGCUGUUGUUUGAAAUACUGCUGUACACAACAGUAUUGUAGUUACCAUAAGAAAUAAAAUGAUUACCUCAAAAAACAAACAAGAAAAGACCCUUACCUGGUUUAAUGUUUAAACUGUCAAAUCAACUUGUACUUACUUUAGACUUGAAUGCAUAUGCAUAUUAAAAAGUAAGCUGCUAAUACCAUAUAUCAUAAAGCAUUACUGUUCAAACAGCCAUUAUUUAUGAUCCUUUUGACUGACUUUAAUGGAAAUCAUUAGUUGUAACUGCUGAACAUCAAGUUGCAUAAUGGAACUGUGCCACAAAUUAGUAUCACAUACUGUAAACUUGAUUUCCUUAUAAGAAGAAUAUUACAUUUUAUAAAGUAGAAUUAGAGUCUGUUUCAACACAAAGUUUAACACAGAUGAUUUUUAUUUCGUUAUAGAUACACAGGGAUGAAGCAGAGGCAACGUGACUUAAUGAAGCAUUGCUUCUCAGCAAAAAUUGAGUAUAGAUCAUUUAAUAACAAACAACAACAAGAGUUAUUAGGUGUCUGAAAAAAAAAGCCAAAGCAAAUUGUGUGGGCAUCUCAGCUGAGUUACACAUUCCUGUGGUCGAGUAAUAGAUAGUAGCUUCAAGGUAGUUACUGGCUUAACAGUUAGGGAAUGAUUGGUUCAUUCCAUGGGCACUCUGAUCUUUGACAAAUUGGCCACUACAGAGCAAGUAAGUUGACACUCAACAUGUAUAUAAUACUCCAUUUUCCAUUUCAUUGUAGCACUGCCUUAAAGUUAAAUUAUGCUGUGUAGUAAAAUUAUCAUGUUACAUUUCCUCAGGGGUUAGGAAUCUACCCUAAUUGUGUUUUAGUUGUAUCAUUUGUGUCAGGCAGGCGCAUAUAUAUAUAUAUA